AUGUUGUUGUGCCCAGAACUAGGCAGCCAGCUGCCGCGGAAAAGAUAUCGCGCCAGGAUACGCAAAAGACAGAAAUGCAUCUACCAAACUGAUCAGGUGGAGGCCAAGGAUCACCUGGAAGAGCAGCAGCAGCUGGAUCUUCUGGGAUCUACACACAGCCAUAGUUAUAGCCAAAGCCCAAGCCAAAGUCUAAGCCUUGCGCGGAUCACGGCAGCUGCCCUUACCACGGCAGCCAUGCUGCACACGACCCGAGCGCUGGCCACCACCUCCUCCGGAGAAGGUUCCUCCUCCCUUCCCGUUGCACUGCCAUUACAGGGCACUGCCACGCCCUCAGCCACGCCCGCUUCACACUUUGAGCUGAAUGCCACGCUGCUGAGCAGCACAGUGGCCAAUCUGCUGGCCAACGAUAGUGGCUUCCUGGAUCCCGCUCUGGCUGAGGAGGAUUGGUUCGACCAGGUCGUCUUGUUCUUCAAGGGAUUCGUCAUGCUGUUCAUCAUCAUUGCGGCCAUUUGCGGCAAUCUGCUUGUUAUUAUUUCUGUGAUGCGUGUUAGAAAAUUAAGAGUUAUAACGAAUUACUUUGUAGUUUCCUUAGCCAUGGCUGAUAUAAUGGUCGCUAUUAUGGCCAUGACAUUUAACUUUAGUGUGCAAGUAACUGGGCGCUGGAACUUCAGCCCCUUCCUGUGCGAUUUGUGGAACAGCCUUGAUGUCUACUUCUCAACAGCGAGUAUUUUGCAUUUAUGCUGCAUAUCUGUGGAUAGAUACUAUGCGAUUGUUAAGCCGCUCAAGUAUCCGAUUAGCAUGACGAAACGCGUGGUCGGCAUCAUGUUGCUGAACACAUGGAUUUCGCCGGCGCUGCUCUCGUUCCUGCCCAUCUUCAUCGGUUGGUAUACCACCGAGGAGCACAGGAUCUAUGUCCAGCAGAAUCCCACACAGUGCUCCUUCGUGGUGAACAAAUACUAUGCCAUAAUUUCGAGCUCCAUUUCGUUUUGGAUUCCGUGUACCAUCAUGAUAUUUACGUACUUUGCCAUUUUCCGGGAGGCCAAUCGCCAGGAGAAGCAACUAAUGAUGCGACAUGGCAAUGCGAUGCUAAUGCAUCGACCAUCCAUGCAGCCAUCGGGCGAGGCACUGAGUGGCUCUGGGUCGUCGAAGACGUUGACGAUGCACGAGGUCGAGCAGGAGCACACUCCCACCAAGGACAAGCACUUAAUCAAAAUGAAGCGGGAGCACAAGGCCGCACGCACGCUGGGCAUCAUCAUGGGCACCUUCAUUCUCUGCUGGCUGCCAUUCUUCCUGUGGUACACGCUCUCCAUGACCUGUGGGCCCUGCCAGGUGCCGGAUAUUGUCGUCUCGAUCUUGUUCUGGAUCGGCUACUUCAACUCCACCCUGAACCCGCUCAUUUAUGCCUACUUCAAUCGCGACUUCCGGGAGGCUUUCCGCAACACGCUGCUCUGCCUGUUCUGCAACUGGUGGAAGGAUCGCCACCUGCCGCUGGACAUUGACAUCCGGCGGUCGAGCCUGCGCUAUGACCAGCGGGCAAAGAGCGUCUACUCGGAGAGCUACCUCAACUCGACGACACCCUCGCACCGCCGCCAGUCGCAGAUGGUGGACAACUUAUAAUACAGGGACGAGGCGCUGCUGACACCCAUUGCCCAGCAGCAGCAGCGGCUGGCGGCGGGCGGAUCCCGCCUGGGUGGACCCCUGGCAGCACCGGGACAACAGGAUAAGGAGCGGGCCAAGUCCUUGGCUGGCGAUGAUGUGCAGGAGAUUCAGAUCGAAAUACCCAUGGAGUACAUCAACAAAUGGAAUAAGAACAACAAUGCUGCCGCCUCGACGGCCUCGAGCCAUGUGUAAAGAGUCCUUGGAAAGAAUGGCGUAGGGGUGGGUGGAAUCAAUCGAUUGCAGCCGGGGGAAUCAAUUUAAUGCAAUUAAAAUGUUCCAUUAAUUUGUAAAAUUAAUAUGCCGGCUCAUGCGUCGGCUGAUUUACUCGUAAUGUUGACAUUAAUCAAUCAAUCGUUGGAGCGUGCCAAUUCAUUUGGCCGCCACUGUGCACACCCUCAUUUAUUUUCCUUUCCUUUUCGCUUAUUUUAUUUUCAAUUUCCGCUGCCGGGUCUACCCUACCCCAAUAGGAUAACUUAUUUAUUUAUGAUUUUGUGUCGUUUAAAUCUUGUUGUAAAUACUGAGUAUUUUUGUACGACUAAAUUAAGCGCAGGUUGUAAACUCAUUUUUGUACGCCAAUCCGAAAACAUGUAAAGCAUUUCGCUCACACACAAAACUACCAACUAAAAGAAGAAUCUAAAACAAAACAAAAAACCAAAACAAAAUUAAUUAAUUACAAAGGCAAUCACCGCAACUCACUGAGCUAAACCGAUAGAGAAAUAGAGAAGAGCUAUAACGCUAAAACUGUGCCAAUUAAGAGACCGCAAAUUAUAGAAAACUACAUGAGAAUUCCCGCAAAUAAAAUACAGAGAAAUCAUA